AGCUCCAGAUUGGAAGCGGCGCGGCUCCGCUCGGGAAACGCUGGAGCGCAUCCCUCGGCCCUGACUCACGCCAAGGCUCCCGCCAGAAGGGAAGGGGCGCGCCCGCCCGCCCGCCUUCCCUCCUCGCUCGCCCGCAGCCGGAGCUGCUCGCGGGGCGCCGGCCGAAGGGGAGCCCACCGCCCGCCGCCGCCCUCCGGAGCGGAGCCCAGCACCCAGGCUGACCCCUCCCUCCCUUGGGCAGAGCUGGGCUUCGGGGGACCCUGGAAGCAGGAAUGGCCCGGGUGCCACACCUGGACCACGGCUCCACAGGUGUGGCUCAUCCUUUCUCGCACCCGGAUCAGGAGCAGGGCAGGGAGAAGAUGCCUUACUCGGUGGAAACCCCCUACGGCUUCCUGCUGGAUCUGGACUUCCUCAAGUAUGUGGACGACAUCGAGAGGGGCCAGACCCUCCGGAAGCUGCCCCUCCACCGCAAAGUGAAGGGGUUCAAGCAAUCCCAGAGUGCCCCCCGCAGCCCAAUGGGGGGCUGGGCCUCUACCGAGUCCCUGUCCUCCACCACCAGCGAGGACGGGAAGCCCCCCUUCUCCCCACGGCCCCGAACGGCUUCCUACGGAACCAAGGACCUCGCCGGCAAAGACGGCUCCUUCCCGACGUCUCCUGCGCCCGCCGCCCAGCGUCUCCCUCCAGCGUCUCCUGAUUCAGUGGGGAGAGGCCGCCGGGUGGAGACCACCUUGCUGGAGACCAGCAGGCGGCUGGAGGAGGCACAGCUGAGUUUGCUGACCGGUGGAGGGCCUGCGGUGCCCAAGAGGAUGGACAGCCCUUCCAAAAACAGCGCGUGUCCCCCCAACUCUGCGUCCUCUCUCUCCGGAGACAGCCAGGCUGAGUCCGUGAAGACAAGCCCCCCCAAUUCAGGAAGGAGUACCCCGGUUCCAACCGUCAGCCCCGCGCACCUCCAUCAUGUCCGGGAGCAGAUGGCUGCUGCCCUUAAACAGCUGAAGGAGCUGGAGGAGCAGGUGAAGAUGAUCCCCCUCCUGGAGGAGCAGAUCUGCCAGCUGAAGCGGGAGAAGGAGCAGAUGGCGGCUGGCUUGGGGGAGAAGGGGGAGGUUGAAGUCGAUGAGACGGGCGUCUUCCUCUUCCCCCCAAGACAAGCCCUCAAAAAUGGGGCUGCUUGUCUGGACAGAGGAGGGCCCCAUCUUGAGAGUGAGGGAGAGGCGACCAAAGGAAGGACAAGUAAGAUUGCAGAGCUGAAGAAACUGACCGAGCGGCUGACCGGUCCAGAGAGGCCUGGGAAGAGCAGAGGAGGGGGGCGGCCCCCAAGAGCAGAGCAGCCCAGCCAGAGGUCCAUCGGAGUCGGAGAGGAGGGAGACAUGAGUGACGUCGUUUGCUACUACCGGACCCAAAGGCCGUGCCGGGAAGUGGCCGUUGGGUGCGAGACGGAGACCUGCGACGCAGAGGUGUGGGUGAUGGAGUCUUUCCUUGGGGUCUCGUCGGCCGCAGAGGAGGAGAUGCAGCUGGUGCAGCAGAGAGUCCAGCAUCAACAGGCCGUCAUCGCCAUGCUGGAGGGGAACCUCAAGGCAGCCACCGAGGAACUGGAGGAGUUGAGGGUGGAGGUUUGCUCCCGCAGGCCAGGCAGCCUGGUCAGCCGAGCAACCUUAGCCUGUCCGGAGACGGCUGAAGCCUGCGUGGAGGCCAUGACGUCCACCCGGUGCCAGGCUGUGGGCAACCACGUCGAAACAGUGGAGGUCGGCGUCCAGAGCUUUCGGCACGUGUCCCACAUAGGAGUCGGUUGCAACUUGCAAGGGGACUCGAAUGCAGAAGCAAAACUCGCCAAGGACUCACAACGGAAAAUGUCACCAAUCCCCCUGGGGACGGAGCAAGAGGACCAGAAAGGACACUGUGGAAUGGCAACGCCUCAUCGUGGCACAGCUGAGGAGGGGUCCAGCUCAGAAGAUGCCCGUGGCAAGGAAGGGACACCAGUCCAGCUGGCUAUGAAGACCACAGAACUGGAUACCGGCCCAUCAUUGCCCCUGGGAAUGGGUGGCAAGCGCAGCCAUGAGCCCAAUGGAGCACAGGGGGUUUCGGGGACUGGUGCUCUGAAGUCCAUCAUGAAGCGGCUGGACAGCCCAGCCAAAGCAGAGCCGGGGGCCAGUGGGAAGAAGACCCUCCAGUUUGUGGGCCUCCUGAAUGGCGAGUAUGAGAGCACCUCUAGUGAGGAGGAGGAGGAAGAGGAGGAGGAGGAGGAGGAAGAAGAGGAGGAGGAGGAGGGAUCUCCCCACAGCUCCUUCAGCGAGACCGUCGGUGGCUUGGAGGGCGAUCUGGCUGCCAACCCAGAUGUCAGUGACAGCAGCGAGGAUGAGGAAGGGAGUCCGGCCACCGAGGCAGGCCCAGGCCACCCAAGGCUGGGCCCUGAUCCUGAAGAUGCUGCUGGACACGAAGGAGCAACUCCCAAGGUCAAGGAGAGGUUUGAGCUGAGCCCAUGGAUGAGAGAGGCCUGCCUGGUGGUCCGGAGCCACCUGGGCCAGGGCAGAGGGGCCCCAAAGAGCAAAGAGCUGCUGUCCAGCAGCAGCCUGGUCCUGCAGGAAUGGUUCCGGGUGUCCAGCCAGAAGAGCUCCCGGGCCAGCAAGGUGGGCAAGUACCUGGAGGCCUUGGGCGAGCUCUCCCCGGCACUCCUGGCGCACGUCAUCAACCUCUCCGAUGGCAACGGGAACAUGGCGCUCCACUACAGCGUCUCCCACUCCAACUUCGACAUCGUCCGGCUCCUCCUGGACACAGGUGUUUGCAACAUCAACCACCAGAAUAAAGCAGGUUACACAGCCCUCAUGUUGGCUGCGCUGGCAACCAUGGAGCGACAGGACGAUAUGGCCACAGUCCGGCGCCUCUUUGACCUGGGCAACGUCAACGCCAAGGCCAGUCAAGCCGGCCAGACGGCGCUGAUGUUGGCGGUCAGCCACGGGAGGCAAGAGAUGGUGGAGGCCCUCCUGGCGUGCGGGGCAGACGUCAACCUGCGGGACGAGGAGGGCUCCACUGCGCUCAUGUGCGCCUGCGAGCACGGCCGGGCGGAAACCGUGCAGCUGCUUCUGGCGCAGCCGGCCUGCGACGCCUCCAUCGCCGACAAUGACGGCAACGAUGCUGCGGCCAUCGCCCGGGAGGCCGGACACGAGAACCUCGCAGCUCUGAUAUCUGCGCACCUCACACCGUCCGCAGACAGGACGGGACCGUGACAGAAUCCGGCUGCGACCCUGGGCGGCCUCGGUCCUUAAACCAUCCUGCCUGCAGCUGCCUUUCCCUGGCCUCAAGGACCCGCAACCAAAGAGAAAGCCCCCUCCACUCCAGGAGACGCUUCCUACACCACCGCAAAGCUCUCCGUGCACACGUGCUCUGGCGAGCCCUUGGGAUCCCUUUGGGGGGGGGGGGAAGGCUCGCCCUGGGCAGGCUUCACUAUUUUGGGCCACCCACCUUGUCUAUCUUACGGUGUCCUUAAUCCCACCAACAGGAAAUGUCAUCAGCACAAAAACUGUUUUAUCGCACAAAGAUUUGCCGCGUGCAACUUUCUUACUCCGCGCACAUGGAGAGAAGUUGGAGAGCGGGGACUGGGGACCAAGGCCUCUUCCCAAGAGGGGAGAGAUAUCCGCCAGGCAAAUCUCUCAAAGCGUAAUGAAAACUGGGGCGGAGUGCCCCACAAGGACUAGAAACCACCUAUCCCGAUUUUUUUAUCUCGCUAGAAUAAAAUCCCGUUAACACUU